GUCGGUCGGUUCAACUGCGCCUCGAGUCACUCGCUUCGACAUACAACAUGUAUCUUACCACCCUUCUCUCCUCCCUUCUAGCCUCUGCUAUCAUAGCGUCUGCGGCCGUUCCAGGCGUCAAACCUUACUAUUAUCGCCUCGAGGGAUUGAUCCCACGUCACGAAUUAGUAAAGAUGAUGGGUCCUUCGAAAUAUCUACCAAGGGCAUCAACUCCAGAGGCAGGAGGUGGAAUUCCACACUCACCGCCUCCUAAAAAUCCGACUGGCAACGAACCUGGUUGGUCCGCAAUCGACAAGGCUUCGGGCUGUCCGCAUAAAUGUUGUACAGCGGAUGCUGAUGGUUCCUGCCUUGCAAAGGGAUGCGUAGCUCUUCUCGUUCCUACCGCCUACCGCCUACCCGUUGGAGAGAGAAGUUGGGGCAGGUUUGGAAAGGGAGGCAAGAAGAAAAUCGACGACUUUCAAGUCCAUGGAGGGAGGAGAAGGAAGAAGAUCAGGAUGCGAGGCUUGUGGAGACAGCCUUCAUCAGAGUAUAGAUAUAGCAAUCGCAUGAGCGAGAUCAGAUUCAUGACCACCGUGAUGGCCGACGACGACUCCGACUCCUCUAUCGGCGACGAUAUCGAGACAAAUGUUCUCCUUGCCUACGCCUCCAAAGAGCCCACGAGCGACGACUUCAGCCAGCUUGGCGGCCAUCCAAUUUGGAUUGAUGGCAAGACUGCACCAGAUGGCGCGCUUGCAAAAUGCAAAGUGUGCAAUUCGCAUAUGAGUCUGCUGCUUCAGCUCCAUGCCGAUCUCCCAGGCCAUUUUCCUGGACAUGAGCGAAAGCUCUACGUAUGGGCAUGCAGACGCAAGGCUUGUAGGCGGAAAGAAGGAAGCGUAAGAGGCUUUCGAGGGACUAGACAAGUCAAAGUCGAUGCAGCAGGAGGGACAGCUCAAGAGAAGACGGCAACGCAAUCCGCGGCGCCAGCAAAGGUCCAGACUGGCUUGGGAGAAUCUCUAUUUGGCGUGGCCAAGUCCAACACAAGCACUUCAACCAACCCGUUUGCCUCGCCGUCUGGAAAUGCAACUCUCUCGAAUCCCUUUGCAAGCGCUUCGAGCCUAGCAGCCAAGCCUCCCCAGAAGCCCGAGACGAGCGAAUCUCUACCACAAACCUUCGCAGAGAAAGCCAAGAUCUCCUCGCCUCUAGAUGAACCUACUCCUGAACCUCAACCCAAAGGCCCCAAAGAGCCAUGGCCAGAGAAAUCCGCUUUCCCAACAGCCUACCCUUCAUACUACCUCGACGCCGACAAAGAAUACAUCGACCCCGAGCCCCCUUCACCUGCACAAUCAACGCAAAACAUCCGAGUCGACGACGACGCAGACGGAAGUAGUAGUGCAAGCAACCAAGAACUCUUCGAGAGCAGCAUGGACAAAACAUUCCAAAAAUUCGCGGACCGACUCUCUCAAAACCCCGAGCAGAUCUUACGGUACGAAUAUGCCGGUCACCCACUUCUCUACAGCAGAUCUGAUGCUGUGGGCAAACUUCUUGAUCCGACACACGCAAAUGAGAAGGUCAAGACGAUUGCCGCCGGUAAGAUUCCUGCGUGCAAGAAUUGUGGUGCUGAGAGAGUGUUUGAGAUGCAGUUGACUCCGCAUGCGAUUACGGAGUUGGAGGCUGAAGAGGAGGGAUUGGAUGGGAUGGAUUGGGGCACGAUUUUGUUUGGCGUUUGUAGUAAGGAUUGUCAGCAGAAGGGUGUUAAAGAUGGGGAGGUCGGGUAUGUGGAGGAGUGGGUUGGUGUGCAAUGGGAGGAGUUGGCGGAGCAGAAAUAAGGCAGUGCUUCGGAAACGCAGAGCAUUCGCUAGCUGAACGUUUGGCUGGAAGACGCUGUGCUGGCAAUGCAAGUACGAGAAGGCGUUAAUGAAAGCAGAGAUGUCAUUUACGGUUUCGACGAGUUUUCAUUCCAGCAUAGCUCAUUCAUGCAAGUACAUAAGAGCGGGUAUCAAGCCCCAUCGCUCAUUCAUGGCCACGCCAAACCUCUGGUGGCGCUUUUUGCCCCAUCCUCCGAUACCCAUAAAACGCCACGCUAGCAAAAAAUGCAUCUCCUUGACAUCCCGGUGAAAGAGACCGAAUCAAGCAGGCUGCUCAUACGCCCUCUUCACCAUCCUCCCAAACUGUCCAAAAUUCACCGUCUCCCUCUGCACCACACUCCUCGCCUCAUUCUCCUUGUUCAACGGCACCUUCACCUGAUCCCCUUCAAUAUACCACCCACAAACCUCCUGGACGAAAUUCUCAAACUUCGCUCCACUGACGUUCAACCAGCCCUCCAACACCUCUCGUCCCACCUGCUGCAUGCAUUGACUCACCACCACCGCGAUGCGGAUCCUCAUCGUAUCCUCGAAUCCCACCACAUCGGCGCACAGAUCUGAGUACAAAUCGUCGGAUUCGAACGUGUCCCAGAAAUCUCGGUAUUGCGCGUUGUUGAGUUGGUCGUGGAGUUUGGAGAGGUGUUGGACUGCUUCGGUUAGGGAGCCCGAGGGUUGUUUGUCGGUUGUGGUUUGCAGGGUGUAGGGGGGUAGGAGGGCUAGGGCG